UUCAGUUCGCCGAUGGUGCGCUUACAAAACGCCGGCUGGCGGCGGACGGGCACGCGCUCCCACACCCACACUCAUCUCCCAUCUCCCAGCUAGCCACCCAAUAACGCUCUCGCACGCGGACAGACACGAACCGACAGCCACUCUUGAGGGAAAAAGAGUGUUGAAUGCAAUUUGGCGGUGCAAAAGUGCAAAACUGCAACGCGAGGGCGGGUCGAAUCGGAUGGGGUCGCGUACGAUGGGGUCGAAGGAGCGCCAGCGGUGGCCACUUGGAGCGAACUUUGGCAAUUUUCUGGCGUUAUUUUUGGAUUAAGCAGUGCCAAAUUGUUACAGACGAACGAACAACGACCGACAAUUAACGAUUAACAUUAAGUCCAACAGCAACAGAAACUGAAGUGGGGGAAAACUGAAAAGUGUUUGGAAUUCUGUUCUCCAACAACAACAGCAGCAACAGCAACAGCAACAAGAGCAGCAACCAGCGAGAACAGCAACAAAAAGAGCAACAACUUGUAAACCACUCUGAAAACGAUAAGCGGCUCCAAGUUCUUACUACGAGCAGAAAAAACUACUAGAGUUUGGGGCAGGAAAUUUUAAAAAAUAUUUUUUAUCAACAAUAUUUUUCGAACAACUUUUUGAAGAAACCCAAACAGCAACAAAGAGAGAGAAAAAACGAAUAAGAAGUGCAGAAGAGCCAAAGCCAAAGUCAAACAGCAAGCAGAAGCAAGCAGCAGCAGCGGCAGCAGCAACAGCGAACAAGCAGUUGAAUAAAAAAACACACAGCGAAAAGCAGAGCAAAAGGAGACAUCAGAAUGGCCGCGCUACAAAGGAAGCUGGUGCACAAGCAGUUCAACUCCCCCAUGGGCCUGUACUCCCAGGCGAAUGUCAAGGACACGUUGAAUCGCGAACUGAAGGCCUUCGGCGGCGAGGGGAUUGAAAUCGACGAUCAAAUCAGCAAGCCACUGAACCUGGCCAAUUCGGCCGUUCUGAGAGCCGUCGAAGAGGAGGAGCAGCAAGCCAAAUGCGACUUUUACCCCCAAGAGAGACAGAGUAGGACGCGGCAGCGCGGCGAUGUGGAUGGCCUGCAUCAUACGCUGCACCAGCAGCUGCUGGACCAAAUCAAGACGCACUACCUCAGCCACCAGCAGGACAUCACCAUCGACCGGGACACGGUGCUCAAGAUCAAUCGGCUGGCCAGCAAGCGGCACAUGCUCAGGCGGGACCACAGCUGGCCGCCCACGGAGGCCGAAGCGGUGGCCCUAGCCGCCAGCAGUCCGGAUCUCAGUCACAUGCCCGCCUGCGCCUCGCACAGCAUUGAGGCGCUGCGCGAGAAGUUCCAGAGCCCGACGAUGAUCAUCGAGCCCACGGCCAAGCAGGUGCGGGAGCAGCGGCAGCGCGAGGGCUCCAGGGAGCGGCCCAGCACGCCACUGCGCAGCUCGGAGCUGCAGCUGGCGCAGGUCUGCCAUCAAACACCCGGGGCCAGAGGCUUCUCCGCGCCGGAGACCAAAGCAGCGGACGUGGACCUGGGCCUGGUGGCGCCCCGCUGCGAGUACUACGAGCAGUUGGCCCACAAGCCACCCACCACGCCCACCACGCCCACAACGCUCACGAUUACGCCCUACAGGCCGCGGGCCAAGCGGCAGGCGUACUCGCUGGAGCGCGGACGCUGCCGCAAGCGGACAGUGUCCGCGGCUGGAGCAGCGCCAGAGUUGCCACCGCCCAAGCCGCGCACCACCAAGGUGCCGAAGGUGCAGCGGCGCUGCGUGAGGCUGGCCACCGAGGUGAGGAUUUCGUACGACAAUGAGGCCGACAGCGACGAGGAGGACAGGCCGAAGGUCGCUGCCAGCAGCCAAGAGUUGGACUUGGAGGCCGUGCCACUGCCACCGAUACCCAGAGCGGCGGCAGCUGCCGCGAAUGUGGCGGUAAUUGACAGCCUGGCAGCCAAGCGGCAGCAGCAGUUGGCUCUGGCGCUGGCCAGGCAGGAGCCCGCCGCUGGCACUCGCAUCAUACCAGUUCGCGUCGAGGCACAGCCGAGUGCCCAGCAGAUGUACGAGGACGCCUGCAGCUACCUGCAGCAGGACAGCCACCAGAGCCAGCAGAGCCAGGAGAUGCAGCAGCAGCAGGCUCCCACCUACGUGAGCGCCACCAGCGGCAUCAAGCUGCUGCAGCGGCAGGCACCACCAACUCCUCCUCCUCCCCCACCCCCACCAGCGCCCAUGCCCACCAGGCUGCGGCCCAAGUCGGGCGAGGAGUCGCAGGCCAGAGCCAGGCAGGCGCGCCGGGUGGGCGGCAUCUACGGCGCGGAGUCCGAGGCGGAGCAGCAGCACGAGGCGCACGUGGAGAUCUCCCAGCUGGAGGCCAAGUACGCGCACAUCCAGCAGUCGAUCGCGGAGCAUCUGCGGCAGAUCGACACGUACAUGGAGAACGCCAAGCUGGCGCUGCAAAGGAGUGUGCAGAAAGCGCCGGACGAGGCAGUUCCAGCCACUCCCACACCGCCCGCUGCUCCUGCUGCUCCUGCAGCCUCCCAGGACUCCCCGUGGGACAUGUUCGCCGCUCGCCAGUCGCCCAUUCUGGCCGUGGAGAGUCCGCUGCAGGCCAUCCUCCGGCAGAUUUACUGCCGCGCCUCGGCCCGACCCAAGGAGGAGUCCAUUGCGGAGGCGGAGGCGGAGGCCAGCGAGGAGCUGACCGAGAAUGUGCCAAUCGUGGAGCGCGCGCUGGAGGAUUUGCACAGAAUCGCACAGGCGCUGGACAAGCAGCAGGAGCAGCCGCGGGAGGAGCUGCAGGGGGAGCUGGAGCGACUUCUGCACUUGGAGCACAAGCUGAAGCCAGCGGCGAUCACCGCGCAGCAUGUGGUCAUCGAGGAUGCAACGGAGGAUGUGGAGUACCGACACGUGUCCGACGUCAUAGCGAACUACGAGCAGCUGGCAACGGGCAAGCAGCAGCCAGAGGCAGAGCCAGAAGCGGCACAAGAGGAGCAGCAGCAGGAGGAGGACACCCGCAAGGCUGAGGAACCCUGCGCCCACCAGCCCACAGAGCCCGCCAACUGCUGCCCCGUGUGCCACGAGCUGCGCCACUCGCCCAACAACUGGGCCAAGCUGACCAAGGCGGACCAGUGGCGCAUCGCCAACCUGCACAACGAGCCCAUGGAGAACUACAAGGCCACGUACGAGAUACGCAGUCCGUACAUCUCCCGCCAGAUCUCCUGGGAGGACGCACAGAGUGCCGAGGAGAAGCCGCCCAAAGCGGACAGCCAGCAGCCGGAGCAGCUCCAGCGCCAGCGAAGCUUCGUGGAGAUUGUGACCACGCGGGCAGCGGACUGCCCACCGCCAACGGCUGCACCGCCGGCGCCUCCUUUGCGCCUGCAUCUCCCCGCAGCGGAGAUCAGCUGGCAGCGCAGUCGCUCGCCCAGCCCGCUCUCCUCCCGUAAGUACCCCGCGCCACUCAUCGAGGCACCCGAGCGCUCGAGCUCACCCUUUGGCCUCAAUCCGGUGCUGAAGAUGCCGCCAGGCCACGAGGCUCUGGGGGAGCCACAGUUCGCGCACGUGCCCCAGCUGGAGGGCCACAACAUUGGGCUGCUCGUGCGCACUGCCACGGAGCCGCUGCAGCAGGCCAUGGUCGCCUCCUCCUCGCUGCUGGCCGCCAGGGCUCAGGCAUCGCCUCUUGAUUUUGCGCUGGACAAGCGGCAGCUUCAAUCGCUGGCUGCUGGCGGCGAGGCGGAGGCGGAGGAGCCGCAGCCAUCAUCUGCGCGGGAUUUCCAUGCGAAUCGCUCCUUUGAUAAUGUCUCGCCACGCCCCUAUGCGGGCAUUGAAGGCUACAAGCGCGUGGCCUGGCCACCCGCCUCGGAGGAGCGCAUUAUUCGUGAGUUCACUCCGCAGCCGCAAAGCCAGAGCCCCGCGCCCGGCGCUGGCGGUUACUACGCGCAGCCAGCGGCCGCCGCAGCUGCGCCACAGCCAAGCGCUGUUCCAGCUCAGGGUCCCAUUUAUAAUAACGUCCAGCCACGAUCCACUCCAGCAACACAGCAACGAUCUACGCCCACCCCUCAGGCACGUUUCACGCCAACACCUCAACCACAAUACACUCAACCACAGGUGCAGGCACCACAGCAGCAGCAGCAGUACCCAUACGCUGCCCAGGGUUCAGAACCCAGCUAUACUCCCCACGAACAGCAGCAGCAGCAACAGCCCGUGCAGUACACUCAAGCGCAGUUCAAUAGGCAACCCUCAAGGGAGCCUGCACCAGUGUCGAGUGAGGCAUAUCCCAACUAUCAGCAGUCGAACUACCAGCAGGAGCCUCAGUUGGCAGCGGAUAAUGCAGGUGGUGGCUGGAAGCCCAUACGUGCGCCAUUGCCCAAGUCGCAUCAUGACUACACGCCGGCGGGAGGUGCACCCUACCAGGGAGCUGCUCCCCAGCAGCAGCAGCAGCAGCGACCAGCCUAUCUACAGCAGCAGCCACAAUAUGGUAACCAGCAGCAGCAGCCUGCACCACAGUGGCAGCAACAGCAAGCUGCACCACAGCAGUCUGUGGCACCACAGUGGCAGCAGCAGCAGCAAGCUGCACCCCAGCAGCCCGCACCACAGUGGCAACAGCAGCAGCAGUACCAGCCUCAGCCUCUGUCUCAGGCUCAGGCUCAGGCUCCCUAUCAGACGUCGCCCUACCAACAGGCAGCACCACCACAGCAGCAGCAGCAACAGCAGCAACCAUCCUACUACCCACAGCAAAAUGGUGGCUCGACCUAUGCUCAACCGCAGUACAAUUCUUAUUCGCAGCCCCAGCAGCAGCAGCAACUGCCGUACUCGCAGGAUCAGACAGAUCAGCAGCAGCAGCAGCACCAAGUGCCCAUUGCCUAUGCUGGCCAGGAUGCGGGCUAUCGUGGCGCCAGUCCCGGGAUUAUAACCCUGAGAAAGGAAGCGCCCGUGUCGCAGCAGUCUGCGCCAGUCUACACUUCGCAGCCAGCCGCCGUCAGCUAUCAGGGAGGCAGCAACUUGCGCGGAGAUUUGAAAUGGCCACCACCGGAGUACAAGGAAGCGGCUGCACGCGAGAACGAGGAGCGUCGCCAGUUGGCCUUGGGCCCCGUCUGCCGUCCCAGAAAAGUAAAUAGGAACAACUUUCGUCAGGACUACACAUCCUUCUUUGCCAAGCACCAGCUGAACAAUGCCUAUCCCAGCUACAAGGUGGUGCCGCCCGGCACACAGCACAUGUUCGCCUAAGGACUGCAGGAGGAGGAUCAGCCAGCUGCAAGAACAUAUAAUUCAAUGGAACCCACUUCAUAAUAUAAUAAUAAUAACACUAGAAACGAUCACAAACAAAUAAUUAUGCUACUAAAACGAGAACAAACUAACGAACAGAGAGGCCAGAGCCAAUCUAUCUGUAGGAUAUAUAAACAAUUGUUAUACUAAUCUUAAAUGAAACACUAACGACGCCAUAUAUACACACAUAACCUACAUAACGAAACGAAAUGCAAUACUACCGAGGAGAGUGCGCGGUGCCAGACAAUGGAUCCAUGCCGGCCAGCACGGAUUGGACCCAUUGGCUACUGCAAGCACCACGCCCCUGAAUCCAUCAAAGACCCAGGAAGAAAACUCAAACUCUGGGCAAUGGAUAACGAAAGAUGUAGCAAGAUUAGCGCCACGCUCGCACCCACACUAUAUACACAUAUUUUGGAGCAUGUGCAUAUAGUAUGGCAGCAGCUGGACAUAGUUAAACUAUAUACUAAACCAUAUAUAGCACUAGUUACUAAGGAUAAUUAAUUGUUACACAACAUUGUUACAAAAAACUAGCAAAUGAAACGGAAACGGAAACGAUGCGACCCCAGACGGAAAACGGAAACUGAAAACAAAAUGAGAUUGCAAAACCUCUGUUCUAGCGCCCUAAGGCCAUUACUAACUAUAUUAUUCUAUUCUUAUAUAACGUGGAUCCUCACGGACAACUCAGACCAAGAGAGAGCCUAUUGGCGGCCAGUUCUUGGCCUGGGGCAGGCACCUCCACAACCCCCUACUAACUGUAUAUUGUAAAACGAAAGGAGGUGCCGCCCGAGGCGAAGUGCUUAGCAGAGUUCUUGGACACUCUUGGGAGGCGUUUGUUGAGGCAUCUCAAUGUUUAUUGUUUGAGUUUGCAUGCUUUUUGCUCUAUAUAUAUAUAUUAUGACCCAAAGUGGUCCGAACUGCAUAUGAAAAACCGUCAAAUAACCGUCAAAAACGCAUAGAAAGUUAUACUACAAGAUGAAGUGGCCAAUACCAACGCCAGUUCAGUCAGUUCUGUGAGUCAUUAAUACGUCAGUCAUCAAAGAAAAACAAACAAAAGAGCGUCGCACAGUCGGUCCGCCGAAAUGUUCGAGCCUCCCACCACGCAAAGGCCGGCAAUACAGCUUGCCCCGUGCACUGGAUUGGCAGAGUGCUCUGCCCCCAGCCAACGAAACAUCAGCUGAGGGCGACCCGAGAUCAAUCCACCAGCGGUUAACAGUAUGAGGAUGCCAUUGCCUGCUGCACGUGCACGGCCCGAGCUCUGUGCGCGGUCUUGGCGCGGUGCAGGGGGACUCGGACGGCGGUUGCCACGUGGCAAACUCAACUCUCAGACUUAACCAAUUACUAAGACCAGCAAUGUCAAAACCCCAACUAAACGAUGGAUGUAUAACUAAUAUGAGAAAAAUGAAAUGAAAACUAUACUAAAAUAAACGGCAAGUUUCUGAAUACUCGCGAAGAGAAGAAAAAACCAA